UCCGCCUCCUCUGUGGACUCCGUACGGGGAAAGCAGGCCAUCAACACGGCCAUAAUUUGUCUCCUUUAACCGCUGAAAACACUCCAGGUUCUGUGGAUAUGUUUUGUUAGAUAAACUUUAGGCAGAGCGGCGCCUUCAUGACGUGUUCAUCCAGAUGUUCAGGGUUUUUGGGGGGUUUUCAGUCACCUACAGGUUAAAGAGUGAAGCUUCCGCGGAAGAAUAAAGAGCCGACAAGAUGUGGAACAUGAUACAGGUGCUGCUGCUGGUGUACCUGUCCACAGAGGUGUGGUGCAUUCAGGUGACCGUCCCAGAGACCGAGAGGAGUACGACGCUGUUCGGUUCCGUCAUCCUGCGCUGUGAUUACAGCACGUCAGCCAACCCUCAGGAGGUCCUUGUGUCCUGGAAGUACAAGUCCUUCUGUAAGGACCCAGUGCUCGAGUACUACUCCACAGCCUAUCAGGCGGCCCUGCAGCUUGGUCAGGACCCAGCCAACGACUGCCCAGACAGACAGCGCACAGUCCGCACAGUCAUCCAGAAGAGUGGGACCAAUCAGGCCAUGUUGGGUACAGACUACAGAGAACGCAAAAUUAGUAUUCAAAACAACGCUGACCUGGUCAUCAAUGAGGUGAUGUGGUGGGAUAACGGUGUGUAUUUCUGCACCAUCACCGCUCCUGGUGACACGACGGGAGACUCGGACCGUGAAAUCAAACUCAUUGUGUACCACUGGCUGACGGUCCUGUUUAUAAUCAUUGGUGCCCUCCUCCUGCUGAUGCUUUGUUGCAUCUGCUGCUGUCAGUGCUGUCCACAGAAGUGCUGCUGCUACGUCCGCUGUCCAUGUUGUCCACAGACCUGCUGCUGCCCAGAAAAAGCGGUGAUGCAGCACAGGAUGAUGAAGGAGGCUCAGAAGGCUAUGGCUUCCUGGGCACACGGCCAACCCAUUUAUGCUCCGAUUAGCUCCAACGCCUCCUCUCAGGGCGUCCCCAUUCUGUAUUCGGGUUCAUACUCAGACUACCCAACCAAACAGAACUUUGCCAUGGCUCCUAUGCAGCUGUCGCCCAUGGCCCUGCAGGAGCAGCCCCCUCCUCCUCCUGUACACCAUGUUAAUGGUAGUGUACAAGGCACCAGUCAAGUGCUGGACUACCUGGAGAACCAGGUGAGGGGGCUGGAUGUUGGAGCCCCUCAAAUGGCUCCACACACAGCUCAGAAUCGGCUGCCAUUACAGGCCCACCCUCCGCCAGUCCCACAGCCUGUUCCCUACACUCCCGGACCACCAAGUAUGUUGUCAGCGCUGGGUGAUAUGGGUGUGAGGGGGGUGGAGAGAAGGGUGAUCACUUUGCCUCCCAUUAUCCAGCGUGCACCAAGCUUUUCCUCUCGAAGGGGAACUGGAGGUGAAGAGGGCGUGAGGGGUGGUCCGAGGAUUUCCAGUCAGUCCAGUGGGAGCACGAAUCGUUCAGGUGGAGGACCCCGUGGAUACAGAGAUACCUCUCCUCCCCGGCGAGGGAUCCUACGGGAUUACAGCGAUGACUCCGACUGGGAUAACAGGCGGGGACGGGCACCGCAGAGGGGUUCAAGAAAUGAGAGAGAGAGCUCAUCUGGGAGGAGAGGAGGGGGAGGAGUGAGGCCACGACCUCGUAGUCGAGAUGACCUGAUGGAGGAGCUGCACAGCAGAGCGGCUCGAAGAGAGAGGAGCUAUUCCCCUCCUCAACGUCGGAAAACCUCCUGGAGCUCAGAUGAAGAAGACAGCAGGAGGAGGAGGGGGGACAAAGGGAGGGAAUGGCCAGAGAAGCCCCCCAGCUACUCCUCCAUCGAGAGCCAGCAUGGACACAAUAACAUCCGGAGGAACUACCAACGCCUUUCUGAUAGAAGCUCCCGUAGCGGCACCAGUGUAGUCAUCUGAAGCAUUUCUGUCCUUUUGAACUUUUCCUGAAUGUUUCCAAAGUGGUGAAAAUGAAGACCAACAGAAGGUGCUCAAUGUGUUCAGUCUUAUGUAAACAGAUGUGGUUUUUGUCAAGUUUGGAUCUAGUUUGACUCUGGAUGCACUGUAUGUAAUUACAACAUUAUCUUUUUUUCUAUGAAGGACUGUUUUUUUAAGUUGUAUAAUUUUAUGUGUUUCUUUUAGUGGUGGUGGAUAAAUGUACCCUGGGUUUGGUGUUUCUACAGUUGGAUACUGUAACAUGUGGCGGGCUCUGUAGCUACUGUGUGUGUUUUGCAGAGAUUAGAACAAUAAUUUCUGUUUUCUCAAGUAAUUAUUUAUGUCUGAUUAUAUGUAAUAUUUAUAAUGUUUUAAUUUUUUAAAAAGUCAUUUCAGUGGCUUAUUUGAGAGUCGAUUAAUUCAAAGGAUUAUUACAUUUUUGCAUGAAUUCUUGUUUUUGUUAAUAAGCAUCAGCGGAGAUGUGCUGGCAUGUAUGUUUCAUUAAAUGUUUUUAGAAAAUUGUUGUGGACUGGGGCCUGUAUGUACUUAAGAUCUGCAUCCAGAAAGAUCCUUUACAUUUUAACAUCCAAAGUGAAAUAUGAAGUGUUGCAUAAAAUGUAAUCCUAUAACCCUGUUACUUAGUUUGGGCUGAAUUAAUUCAUCCAUUUACUCAUUCAUCCAUUCAUUCAUGUUCCAAAUCAGUUAAUCCUCAAGAGGUUUGCUCAGGAUGUUGGAGCCUAUCCCAGGUAGCAUAGGGCAAAGGUGGGCUACAUCUUGGACGUGUCCUCACAGGGAUGAAUUCAAACUCAUCAACAAUAACUCCCUCUGUCAAUAAGGUUCAUUUUUCAUUAUCAUGAGGUUUUUUGUUAGCCUGAUUAUGCAGAAACUACCACAUGGUUUUCAUGAGAUGUGCUGGUUGUGCACUGGCCAAAGAUAAACUCCAUACUUCUGGAGCAGAUCCAUAGAAAUUGAAUUUUUAUGUUGCAAGAUAGGCUGUUUGAUGCUCUCAGGUGCCCUUAUGCAUGAAAUGUAAAGUAUAUUUUACUUGUUUGUAAUUAUGAGGCUGUCUGUGAUUUUAAGGAUAAAUCUAGUGUAACAGCCCGUUGAUAUUCUGUUGGAAUAGCACUGGUUUUCCAACAUCACAUAUUCUUGUUUUAUUUGUUACCAUCUUUUGAGAAAAUGUAAUUAUUAGAUUGGAUUUUUUUUUUAUUAAAUUUAUAAAGCACA